ACUGCUGUAAUGUACACAACGAAUUUCCUUGUGUUUUUGGUAAAACCCGCAGUGCUUUUGCAAUAGAAUUGCUUUUGAAUGACAAAUCCGGGCGGUUGAAUAAACUUCCAUCUGCUCUGAUGACACGAUAUUACAGUUUCUGUUCUUGCGUGUUAGUCUGUCGUGCAGAGUUUGGAGCAGCGACGCGCCGGGCAUAUUACAGCAUUUGGACUUUGUAGCGUCGGGAACGGCGGCGUGGCAGUUAGCGCUGCUGCCGCCUCACAGCUCUUGGUCCCGGGUCCGACCCGGGAGUGGGGCGCUGUCUGGGUGGAGUUUGCAUGUCCUCCGUGAAUUUGUGCUUAUUGCUGGGGCUCCGGUUACCUCCCGCCUCAAGAAAUGCUUUGCUGAAGUAGUUAGUUGGGGAGUCCGUGUGCCUUUCGGAACAAAUCUGAUGGACAUCCAACUCCAUUCACCCCCCCAAACCAGACAAUCAAACAAAACGUUAUAUAGGUAAACAAAAAUGUGGAAUAAAUGCUGAGCAUGUCAGUGACUUGUGAGCGGACAACAUCUACGGCUUUGCUGCUCUGUCAGGAGUAUUUGAAUAGUAUCUCAGCGUCAGCGCCUACCUCGAUCAGAGAAGCCGCCGCCAUGGACGAGCACCAGCAGGUCGCCGUGAAUCCCAACACUGCCGAGAUGCCCGAGGACGUGGAGGCGGACGAGUGUCUGACGAACUACAGCUAUGUCUACAGCCCGGACCUCCUGAAGGACAGAGUGGCGUUCGUCACCGGAGGGGGCUCUGGGAUCGGCUUCCGAACCGCAGAGGUCCUCAUGAGGCACGGCUGCGACACGGUGAUCGCCAGCAGGAACCAAGAGCGCCUCUCAGAGGCUGCCCGGAAGCUGAGCGCGGCCACGGGCCGGCACUGCCUGCCUCUCUCCCUGGACGUGCGGCAGCCAGAGACCAUCGCCGCCGCCGUGGACGAGACCCUGAAGGAGCUCGGCAGGAUCGACAUCCUCGUCAACAAUGCAGCAGGUAACUUCCUGUGCCCUGCUGCCUCGCUGUCUUUCAAUGCCUUUAAAACGGUGAUGGAGAUCGACACCAUGGGCACCUUCAACACCAGCAAGGUGGUCUACGAUAGGUGGCUGAAGGUAAGAGGACCCGAAAUCCCCAAAAGCUUCAGAGUCUCCUGUCUGAGCACUGACGACCACAUGACAAAGCUGUGUGCUACAUAUCAAGUGUUCCUAGAUGUCGGACUCCUGCUGCCCUGUCCCCCAGGCGGCACCGCGGCGCAGUCCAGCGGGGUCUUCCAGACCGUCCCCCUGCAGCGGGCGGGCAGCAAGACGGAGAUCGCCCACGGCGUGCUGUACCUGGCCAGCCGGGCCGCCUCCUACGUCACGGGGGCCAGCCUGGUGGUGGAUGGCGGCAGCUGGCUCACCUCCGCCAACAGCAUGCCCGCGCUCCUGGAGACCUGGUCUUCUGGAGCAAAACAGGAGAAAGAGAAGGAAGUUAAGACGAAGUAAAAUUAAUCGAGCAAUUAGCGAUUAAUUGAAUUGAAGCUCAUCAAGCAAAAUGAAAGGAGCAACGCUGAAGUUUGAUUUUUUUUUUUUACCUGAUUCAGUUUCUAACCGGGAACAGCUGAGAACACAGGAUCUAACUGUGUAAGAAUCCCGCAGAAAAAUGGCAAGGGGCAAACUUAAGUGUUUGACGUUACACCACAGAUAUUACAGUUUAGCAGAAUUGUUAUUGUUAUAAUUAUCAGAAUUAGAACUCAAUCAGCACUGAGUCUAAGCCUCAUUUUGCUUCUAACCCAAGCCUGUAUCUCCUCUGACGCUGUGAAAGGAGUGAUGAAAAUAAACUCUUUUUCACUGUCACAUUCAGCUACUUCCUUGUUGCUGCACAGGUAGUGUUCUCUGUGGAACCAACAGCUGACAGUGGGACAGAAUAGGGCAUUAUUGCAGCUUAUGGUUGCAAAGUUAUGGAAGAGAGGUGACCUUUUUAUAACUUCUGGGAACAGGCAAGGCAGUGGGUCAGGUUAGGGUGAACCACCUUUCCAUUUAGCUUCUGACUGAAAAGUCAUGUAAUAGUGAACUGGAGCCGAUGUAUAGUGCUUUUCUGUGUGCAAUAUGUACUUCGAAGGUAUAAAGGACAUUGAAGACCACGUUCUCUCCUAUACAUAACUGAUAUGGUUUCCCUUACUGGGAUAGGCUCCUGUUCUCCCACGACUCUAUAUUGGACAAAGCAGUUAGCAGUAAGGCGGGCUGGAUACAGUAAAUGUUGUUUCAGCCUCAGCAAAAUGGAAGUUGCCAUUCAUUUACAGUGACGCAGAAACUGCUUGAUGAAACAUCAUGUAAAAUUGCUGCCGUGUGCAACAAUUCAGUAUUAACAAAAGCAAUGUGCUGUGAAAAGAUGAUCUUAGUACUGGCCCUCAGGACUUAGUACUGAUUUACUAACAAAUCUCCUCCAGGAAGAGCACGAUCCGGAGCCCCUUUCACUGGGAUGCAGGCUGGAGUUACAGGAAGUGGGCUUUUACUAAAUGGUGGAAAAGCUUGAUAAGCUCUUUGAAAUGUGUGUUUUGUACAAGGCUUGAUGGAUCAUGUUCUUUUUAAAUAAAUUUUGCACAAUCAUACAGUUA